UUGACUUCUUGACCCUUGGUAUGGUUAUCAUAGAUGAAAUCGAGUUCUUACCGCCUUCUCCUCCGGUGCACGAUAUUCUUGGCGGCGCUGGCACUUACGCCGCCGUUGGAGCUCGUCUUUUUUCCCCCCCACCUCAAUCCAGUUCUGUCGGCUGGGUCGUGGACAAAGGCAGAGACUUCCCUGAAGAACUCACGGCCCUUAUAGAUAGUUGGGAUACUUCAGCGCUAUGUCGAUCAAAUACAGACCGACUGACGACUCGCGGGUGGAAUGGCUACGAGCAGGCCGGGAAUACAGUCAAACGGGCUUUCAGAUAUACCACCCCCAAAAACCGGCUCACUGCGCAAGACCUCACACCCGCAUUCCUUCUAUCCAAGUCUUUCCACCUCAUAUGCUCCCCAACGAGGUGCAAAGAGCUAGUGACUGAGAUAACAAGUUCUAGGAAGGAACUGUGCCCGCCAGAUCAAUAUGUGAAGCCGAUUUUCGUCUGGGAACCAGUCCCAGAUCUAUGUACACCAGAGGAGUUACUCAACUGCACCAACACCCUGCCUUUAGUCGACGUGUGUAGCCCUAAUCAUGCCGAGCUGGCUGGUUUCAUGGGGGAGGAUGGUCUCGACCCCGACACUGGCGACAUCUCGACUGUCGCCAUUGAGCGGUCCUGCGAACAGCUUCUUGCCAGUAUGCCACUGCGGUCGUUUUCCUUGGUGAUACGUGCUGGGGACCAGGGUUGUUAUAUUGCUCGCAACGGCGGCCGCAAGCGACAACCCGGUAUUUGCCAGACCGGUUCGACGCAUCGAAGUAGGACUCAUCCAAGGGGCGGCCUACGCCCGGACACAGAUAUGGAGGCCCUUCUCGAAGGUCUGCUCCGCGACGAAGAUGGAAUCAUCGCACGCGAGGAGAUCGAGUUCGACCCAGGGUUGGAGCGUUGGAUUCCGGCCUACCACCAAGAUCCUGCUCGGGUGGUAGACCCAACCGGCGGUGGUAACAGUUUCCUGGGCGGUCUGUCUGUUGCUCUAGCUAGAGGAUUCGGUAUCGAGGAAGCGGCCAUAUGGGGAAGUAUGGCAGCAAGUUUAGCUAUCGAACAGGUAGGCAUGCCGAAUCUCGGCAAAGAGGAAGAUGGAAGCGAAACAUGGAAUGGCAUCGUAAUCAGGGACAGACUAGACGAAUUUCGGGCUCGGAUCGCGGGUGAUGCAUAAGCGGCGGGAUCGAGGACCGACAAAGGAUAGAAGCGAGAGGUAAAGAAGUCUGCAGGUGUCAACUACGGGGAGUUAAACGAACGACGAAACCCAGUUGGUUGACCCAAAUGUCAGAUUUUAUUCUAUCGCGCCUCCGCGCCUUCUCUCGAACCCAACUAUUGUCCCAGACACCAUGGCAUUAAUGCAAUGAAUGCAAUGAAUGCAUAGACUCAUUUCUUGUUUCAGUGAC